AACAAAACCAAGGGCGGUAGCCAGAUCUCAAUCACUUUUCAACAAUAGAAUAGUUUGCUUCCCAGGUUUGCGUUUGAAGACCAGAAGAAGAAAUGCAUUCAGUCUUUAGACCAAAGCACCAGAAGUUAAUCCUUCAAUGCUAUCCGUCUCCCAAAUUGAGCACUGCUGAAACCAAGCCAAAUCAAGCAGAGUUGAGCUACCUUGUAUUCUAUGCUUCUUCCCGUCGUACAAAAUUAGAGAAGGUCGGAGAGUUUUUGUUAAAGAAGACGUCGGCCGACAUAUCACAUAAAAGAGUGGGACACUUGAAGGUCACGUUAUACAUUCUCCAGGAGCUAAUAACCAAAUGCUCAGAAGAUUUGGGCUUCAUGACGCCGUAUGUGGUGAACAUUAUGAAAGACAUAGUAGAUCUCGGCGAUCUUUCAACUUGUCAACUUGCCACAAGAGUCUUUGUCACGUACUGUCAUACACUGCAACCUAUUCAAAGACAGGUAUUUUCCUCUAAUGUUAAUUUAUUGAAAAAGUUCCUAAGCAUCAUUGCAAAAUUUUUAAGCUUUGCCUCAGGAUCUAACUCGAAUGACUGGCUAAAAAUGUCGUUAAAUAUAUGCUCGGUGGUUGCCGAUUAUGUGGAUCCUUGGUUCAGUCAAUUUGAAAAUUACGAUUUGAUUGGAAAAUCUAUAUAUUUGAUUCUGGGCACUUUGGCAUUAAGCAAGACCGACCUUUCUUUGAUUAAGGUUUCGUCUUCUCGCUCAACGCCAGAGGUUUCUGAUGACGAUGACAGCAUUGAUAAACUGGCAUCCGAUUCUUUGAAAUCUUUCUUCGAUACAAGCUCCAAAAAUCAACUUGAUAGUGCUACCAAAACUGUUUUGUCCUACGUCAUAGAAAACAACAAAGACUUAGAUUGGGCAAACAAAGUUGUUAAAAUUUGCACUAGGAAAACCCACAUUGAGUUGAGACAUAGAAUCAUGAUUAUUUUUUCUUAUGAAAUUGACAACUACGUUAAGAAAAAUAACAUUCAGCUUCUGGAGUAUCUACUCAAAAUGCAGGCAAACCUGCUAGGCUCUGAUGAUGUCCAGUUUGUUGGUUUGCCAGUGAUGGAUAUAUUGAACAAGAUAAUCCAAUUUGAGCAAACAAUGGUUCUCAACAAAGAAGCACAUAUUUUGAAAAGUUCAUAUUCGGAUAUGAUUAGAAGCUUGGCUGGUAGAAUCUACUAUAAUAACCAGAUCAACGACAUGGUCACAAGCAUUUUGUCCGAUUACUACAAUGAGUACAAUAAUGGAAAACUGACAGAAGAUCACUUUUUGCCUUUCUCUCAGGUGUUGAUUGACAACAUCCGAGAUAUUUUAAUUGUCAGUGAAAAGACUGCAGUUAAGUUGAAAAAAUCGCAAUUCCCACUUUCAAUCUUCAACUACUUAUAUUUGGUAAUCCCAUUAGAAAAAUUUCCUAACAUUCGUCAGCAGGUACAGGUGAUGUGGUUGUCUCUUUUAAAUGAUUUCUACCGAAAGGAUGUCGAAACCUUGUCAACUCCAAACGUUGACCUCUGUAUUACUAAUAAUGUUGAUAACAACCUUUGCCUCUUUUUUGAGUCAAUGGAUAAGUUGUUAAAGAAUAGCCCAAGAGACGAAAUAAAAGCGCAAUUAUCCAUUACUGUAUCAACUAUGAUCAGCGCAUUUAAACUCAAUUUUUUGAUGAAUUACCUAAAGUUCACAUCUGUUUGGCUCACGGAUCCUACUGACUUCAAAUACUCGCUGUCUUUAUUGAUCCUAGGACUUUCUUCAGCUCAUAUUGAAGAUGGUCAGCCGUUGGCUGCCCUCGCAGACUCCAAAAUUGCCUGCUCGCAGCAGGAAAAGCUCUGGCCCGAAUAUAUUGGCUACAACCCGACAUCGGCUCCUAGUGGGGGUCCUUUGACCACAGAAGAAUUGCAGGUUACUCUUGAAAAAGUCCCAUCUGUUUCUACGUGGUUGAGAAAAGUCAGCAUCAGUCAGCCGCCGUCCGUGACGAGUCAGCCACCGAAGCAGCACAGCACACUACUUUUGAUGUCGGCCAGCAACAGUGUGCUGUCUUUGCCAUUGGGCAAGCAAGACUCCUUCAUGAAUGGAAACAUGAAGAGUCUACCACGUUCAAUAACCCACUCGCAUAACAACACACAGGCAUUGCCGUUAUCGGCCCACAGCACUUUAAACAGCAGCAUCUACGGUGGCCGGACUGAAGACUAUAGCGACGCUGCCGACAUGACGAACAGCACUGCUGAUUUUGACAGCAGCUACAAUGAGGACGAGAUGCUUUCCAAUGGUGGCGACUACUCUGAUAUGAACUACAACUUUGCUGCGCCAGGCGGAGGACGCAGUAUGCGGAGUGGAUGGAGCAUCCGGAGUGCCAGGAGCGGACGCAGCGGACGUGUAAAUCUCCGCCAGCUCAAAGAGUUCAAGGGCAACGCUGCCAACGAGGUCGACUUGGCGAAGUUGGUGAAGACACGCACAGGCGGCACCCUGGCCGCAAUCAGCACCUAUGGCUCAAGCAACGGGACAAAUGGAAUCUCUGACGGCGUGGCAGUAGCAAAUACAAACGAUCAUCCAGCUGCAGCUGCAGCUGUAGUGCCGGUCAACGGCGCCCUGUCCAACGGGUACAACUCCGUAAGCAGCACCGUCAGGGGUAGAAGCGGGUUGGCGUUUGCCAUCAGCGGGCUUGACCUAGACGACAUGUGACCCCGCAAAUUCUCUAUAGAAUGUAUAGGCUUGUACGAAUUCAUUGUAAACAAUAAACUUUUGACCUACUUAC